AUGGGUGUAGCUGUCUCUUGUGUGGAGAAUGCCGUCCGAGAUGUAGACACUGAAUGUGGUGAUUGGGGCCCGUUAGCUGCAUCGGUCUCGAGUGUCCAGGGUUGGCGUCGAUCUAUGGAGGAUGCACACGUGGCCUAUUGGGAUGCCGAUAAAAAGAUUGGCAUUUUUGGAGUGUUCGAUGGUCACGGUGGGCAAGCAGUAGCAUUGUAUGUUGCGAAACAUCUAGUACCGGUUUUGACCGAUCGAGAAGCAUACCGCCAAGGGAAGUACGAGAGAGCCCUGCAUGAGACCUUUAUGGAGCUAGAUAGGCUUAUGAUGACUCAGAAGGGACAGAAGGAGGUCACUAUGCUUGAUAAGGAGGCGCAGGCGGCGUGUCCGGAUCCUAUCAUACGCUUGCCUAUUGAUGCGGUCAAGAGUGACCUGCUAGCUUUGAUCGGUGGGGACUCUAGUGAUGAGGACUCGGAUGACUCCGAUGAUGAUAGUGAGGAUAACAGUCCCGAAGUAGCCCCUAAUGAGGAGCCUAGGGAUGCUGAUAUGAAGGGAGAGGAGGGUGCUGCUGCUACUGGUGAUGGACCGGAUGGACGUAGACGGAGUACUAGGAUUGCCGCUACCAAACAGCGGCCAAAGAAGGACAAGAAACAGCUUGCACUCGACGGUAUAUUGUUUCUACUCGAAGUCCUCAUACCGGACCUACCGAAAGACCUGA